AUGGCCCGCGAUAAGACCCGUCAAGCUGAGUUUCGCCGGAAGCAAUACGAAAAGAACCGGGAGAAAGAGCUCGCCGUCGUUCGAUCGUACUACGAACAGAACAAGGCCAAGAUUGCCGCGGGGAAGCGCGAGUACUAUGAGGCCAACAAGGAGCGUAUCAUGGCCCGCGUCAAGGCUUAUCGCCUCCAGAACAAAGAACGAAAGACCAGAGCCGAGUCCACGACACGAACUGCGCACCACAAACUCCCCGUCCAGGUCGAGCUUCCGUGCGCAAAGGACACGCCCUACCGUUCCCACGCGCUCGCGCUGUCCUUCAUCCUCAACUGAGCCAUCCUCGUAGAUUGAUUCGUCGUUGUGUGUGUUAUUUAAUGAUCGUACUUGUUUCCCGCAGCCCGACAGAGCUUUCCCCUGGUCGUCAGCGCUCCAACUCGACAAAUUCGACGAGGAUGCCACUGUCGCAUGACACGAACAC